AUGGAGGUGGGGUGGGGGAGGAGGAUGUACGAGGGCGGGGUGGUGGUGACCUCGCUCGGGCUUCUGGGAUGGGCGGGGCUGUGGUUUCUCAACCGCCGGCUGUACAAGGAGUACGAGGAGAAGAGCGCUCUUGUGCAGAUUCUCUUCUCCGCCGUCUUCGCCUUUUCCUGCAACCUCCUUCAGCUCGUGCUCCUCGAGAUCGCCCCUUUCGUCCUCUCGAAAGAGUGAGUCCGGUGACUCUCCUGCCUAUUUGAUCUUCAUGCCUUUCCUCAGAUGCCGCUGUCUGGGCCCGAGGUGCUCCUGGCACAUUUAAAAUCUUCUACCGAUAAUGUUCAGAUUGCCGUUCGGUUACAAUUACUUUGAUAUAUCUUUCCUUGGAAUUGGUGACGACGAUAAAUUCCCGUUGCAUAUUUGUGGAUUGUGAACAUAAUGAUUGAAGAUUUUUAACGAAGGAAUAGAUGAAAAAUGAAAGUAGAGGUUUCUGACAGACAUAAAGAUCAAGGCUGGAAAUCAAUUGCAGCACUCUGUUUCUUUGUUUUAACUGCGGUCCAUAAUGCCCUGCGUUCGUGCGUAUUUAUUUGCGGUCGUUGUUGAUGAAGAGACAGCUUAUUUUUACAAGCUCUAUAUAACUUCAACGUUCGGUGUUAGGUAUGCACACUUUUUCCUGGAGAAAAUGUUGUCUUCCACGUAACAAAGCUUCUGUUGAAGAAAAAAAUGCUGGUUUGAUAGCGCUUCCCUUCUAAUCAUUUUUUGCCUAAAAAGAAUGUUUAGAUUUCUGAUUGAGAUAAUCAGAGCCGCUUGUAUCACCUUAGUUGAUAUAAUUGAAAUCCCCCCUUUUUGGCUGGUUCGACAUGCUGUCUCAAAGUUUCUUCGAAUGGUCGUUAAUGGUAAUGGUAAUAUGGUAUUGUUAAUGUUUACAUCACUUCAAGUUUCUUUGAAGUGAUGCUUCUAGAGGGACCUAGAUUCCGUUUUCAAGGUCAGAGUCUUUUUGGUUAUCCUUCUGCUAGUGUAUCUUUAGCUUAUUUGGAAAUGUAGGUGCCUAUGAUUCGGUUGUAUAAAAUUCUCGCUACUCUUCAUUUGAUGAAUUGGAUACUUUUUGUUUCCUCUCUAUUAGUUUGUUUUUAUUCAUGAUAUCGUGAAGGCUAUUUGCUGUGACUCUCUUUGCUGACUCAUUAGCAUGAGGAAAUAUUGCUCUCACGAUUACCAUUGGUAGCUGUGCAUGGCAUGUAGUUGUCUCUUUUAUUUUCAUUAUUUUGUUUAGUCAGGGGGUGGGUUCUUAGUUAGCUGCUUAUUUCUGUUGAGUUUAAAAUGGAAUGUUGCUGGUUGAUUCACAUUUCGAUCUUCAGAUACUAUGAUCCUUCAGAAAAUGGAUGCUAUGAGGGAUGAUCUUGUUCAUACUGCUAUUUCUAUAUCUCCCAGAUAAUCUAUUUUUGGUAAAAACUGAGGAAAUUAUUUAUGCUAUGGCUGCAGGGCAAGAUGGAUAAAUUGGAAACUUGACUUGUUCUGUGUAAUAAUGCUGCUGGUGUUUGUACUCCCAUAUUAUCAUUGCUAUUUGAUGCUGAGGAGCAGUGGUAGGCUCAUCUUCUCUGUCUCCAUAGUUGUUCCAACUGCAGACCAUCCUCUUAGCUAUAUUCUAUGAAUUGUACUUCGUCAUUGAUCUACCCCUUUUCUAGUCCGGGAAAGAAUGGAUUUCUUUCAACCACUAAACCACCCAGUUCCCUUCGUUCUUGUUCUUCUCAUCAUUUAGAAUCGUAUAUUUCGGAGCUGGUUUCCUUGUAUGAUGUCAUGUAUUUUAUACCAAUCAAAUGCUAUUUUUGCUGGUGUACAUCAGUAAGAUCACAUGACUCAUUAAUGGUUAAACAUUAUCAUUGUUUUUAUAAUCCUUCCAUAAAAUCUGAGGUUGACUGAAACCCAUAAAGGAUCCAAGAAUUUGUGAAAACUUAUAACCAGCUUUGCAUGAUUUCGGUUCUCUUCUAGGUGGUGUCAAGUGCGUAGACAAUAUCACCAAAGUAUGAGGUUAACCAAGAGUCCUGUAGCUAUGGUUCGUGUGUAGAAGACUACGAUUUUGAUUUCAUACAUUGAGGACAUUAAAUAAAGGUAGAAAAUCUGAAGAAGGGAGUAGAAUUUUGACUUGAAUGUGGUCAUCUCUUGGACAACUAUUAGUUGAAAGUUUGAUCUGAAUGACAGUACCUACCUCACAAGUCAAAGACUAUUGAAAACCUCUUAAAGGUGCCAUGAGUGACAAAGCAAAGAGACAGGCUGUUCUACAGUGAUCAACAUAAAAUUGUAAAGAAAACUUGUUAUGUUUAAGCUUCUGCUCUAUAAUCUAUGUCGUGGGCAUUGCAUGGGCAUGCAUGCCUAGCUCUCAUGUCUGAUAGUAGCUGACAUUGUUGCUACACUUACAGUGGAUGUAAAGGGUAAAUAUUUGAUAUCUUGUCUUGCAAGUUCUUACAUUUUUAUAACCUCUUGGAAUUUGCAUAUUUUGAUGAAAUGGCACAUUACAUCUUCCGCACACAUAUCCAUGGAGGAGCAAAGUUCAUGUAUGCAGCGCAUAUUUUGCAUCAAGAAUUUUGCUGCUUCUGAUUAACUAAUUUGAAAAGAGGUACCUAUUUCUCAUAAGUGAUGAAUUGGGGACUUUUCUUUUUCUUUCAGGGCUGAGGAACGAACGAGCAGCACUUGGAGCUAUAGUCUUUCUCUCUGCAUUUCUUUAUGCUUUUUGGCGCAUGGGGAUCCAUUUUCCUAUGCCUUCAGGGGAUAGAGGUUUGUCUGUCCUUUCAGUAGUGACGUGCUAAUAAGAAGGGCAUGUUUAAUCUGUAUUCUGUCAUCACAUUCAAAUGACAUAGAUUUACUCGAUCAUUUUUUACCAGUGUAAUGCCUGAUCACAAUUUGUCUGUACUAGCUGUUGUGCAGUUAAUGCUUACUGUUGUUUGACUUUUAACUAAUUGCCAUUAGGAGGGGAAACGUUCAAGCUUCGUGUGCUAAUCACGUUUUAUGGGGUUCCCUUGGUUUUUUAAAAUAAACUUUUGAUAGUGAGAUGGCUUAAACAUUGUAGAAUUAUUACCAUGCUAUGCUUGAGACAAUGUUGAUAGCAUGCUUUGUAUCUUCUCUUGAAGGAAUGGACUGUAGAAAUGAUGAGAAUAAGGGAGACUCAUUCUUAUUUUUGGAAGGGGGUCAAUAUAAAUUGUUAGUUGGCUUAUUUUUGGGUUCAUAAUUGUCAUUUGCAUUCUAACUUGUGAUCUUCCGCUAAAAAUGCUUGUCAAAUAGAGGGAGAGCCAGAUUUAUCACGAGGAUCAUCAAGGUUCUCCCCUUUCCAUUCUGUGGACACUAGCAAGACGGAAAGCAGUUAUUAGAAAAGAUUGUGUUGGCCACCUUUAUGUUUUUAUUUUGAAAUUUGCUGGUCCCAGAUAAUCAUUCAUAGAAAAAAGAGUGAAUGUGCAAGUGUGAGCUGAAAGGUUCCCUAUUGAAAUUAACUACACAUUAGUUAAGAGUCUACACCAUGGAUGAAGAAGCCUUGACCAGUUCAGGAGUUUUUCCUAUUGAAAAACUUGGAUGUUUGAUGCAGCAAAAGCUGGAGAAGAAUGAAAUCGGGCCUUGAAUACACAAGGCACAAAUUGCCUUAAUCCUUAAAUCCACAAGGAUCAAAAUAAUGUUCUUUGAGUCCUUGCCCUGAUACCGCUUAAUGCAGCAAAAGCUGGAGAAUAAUGGAAUUCAGGCCUUGGAUUCACAAAGAUCAGGAAACGUCCCUUGGAUCCACAAGGUUGUUUGAAUCCGCAAGCACUCAGAAGUCUCUCAAAGAGAACGAAAAUUCCUAAUUGUCGAAUUUUCUUCAAUUCCUUUGGAACCUCGAGGAAAGGCCUUCUCGUGUAGAGAGAGGGAAAGGAACUUCUAUUCAAAAUGAGGGAAAGAUUCUGUUACAUCAAUUCACAACAGAGGUCUAGUAUUUAUAUCAAACCUCUUAUGGAAGGUUCUAGACAUGUGAACCUUACACACACACAGAAGAAAAAAAAACACUAAGAUAGUCACGUGAUAUGGUGGUAAUUUGAUCAAUUAUUCACUAAUCACCUGAGGAUUCAAAAUAUAAUGCUAUGGCUAUUCAUUGGAGUUUUUCUGAGUAAUUUAUUGAUCUAGUUGUACGUUCUAUGCUCUUGUCAUUUGUUAACUUCACAUGCUCAUAUUAUUCUGACAUACUUUGCUUUAGACAGGUUUUUUCACAAUGCCACAGUUGGUUAGCAGAAUUGGAGUGAUAGGUGUUACCGUCAUGGCUAUACUUUCCGGCUUUGGAGCUGUCAAUUUGCCAUACAGUUAUUUGUCACUCUUCAUCAGGUGAACUCAAGCAAUUUAAUUCCUAGCAAUGACUUGGGUGUACUUAUUUUGCAAUCACCUUCAACCUUUGUUUCAGUAUGCAUGAUCUAAAUAGCAAUCUCUGAAUGUCACCGUGUAGGUGACAUAUUUGUUGCCUCUUGUUUUAAUAGUAGCCUGUAUCUUGAUAUGAUAUUCUCAUUGCUUUGGAAUAAGUAGGGUCUAUAUCACUUUGCUUUACACGGUACAGAUGUGUCAGAUGCCUAAGGACGAAGGUUUCUUCCUUGAGAACGUGAAUAGGGAGAAAUAUUGGGGUAUCAAGACUUUGGCUACUUGUUGUAUGAUGGAUAUACAUAACUUCUCUAGAGGAUUCCUUGUCAAAUAUUGCCUGGCUUCUAUUGACAAUAUAACAUAUAAGAAUAUUGAUAAAUCAGUACAAAACAGAGAUUAUGCUUAAAUUAAGCUGGUCAUACUGCUUACAAAGGAAUCUUAUUUCUUUUGAAUUCUAUUUUUAAGACAAGAACUGCUGGGACUUCAAAAAAUAGAGAUUUUCUGACAUGUUCCUGUCGUUUUCCUUUCCUAAGAAUUUGAAAGAAACACUUUACAACCAUUUAGAGCUGAAUAAGUAGAAGCUAAGCUACAUUUGAUUUCACUCAAUUUCUCAUAAUAAAAUGCCGCUCAAAUGUCAUUAACAAAGAUAUCUGUUACUCUCUGGAACCAAGUUCAAAUUAAUUGAACUCGCUAUUAUAUUUUAAAGCAUGUAUUUUCUGAGAAAGCAAUUGAAAAAUGUGAAAUGUCUGCUCAUCUAUUGUCUUUUUUUAUUUCUUCUUAAAUGGGAUUCUUGGAAUGUUGUAGGGAGAUUGAGGAAUCAGAUAUCAAAGCCUUGGAGAGACAGCUCAUGCAAUCGUUAGAAACUUGCAUUGCAAAGAAAAAGAAGAUAGUACUCAGCCAGAUGGAGAUAGAACGAAUUCAAGGUUCGGAAGAGGUAUUGAAUUUUCUAUUAUUUAUAGAUGCAGUAUUCUGCCCUCCAAUUUUCCAUAGAUUAGUUAAUGCCAAUAUCACAUAUAGCAAUUCCAUUCUUCCAUGAACCGUUUCUGAUGGAUUUGGAUUGGAUUGCUGUGCAUUAUAGAACCUAAAGUCUGCUUGUCAACGUUGAUUAGGAAGAGGUUAUAUUCUCAAUCAGCAUAUUGCUAAUGUAAGCUAUGUUCUAUUUUCGAAUUAUCCAAGGUGAGAGGGUGUUGACAUCACGUCCUUUGGAAUAUUACGAUAUGAUGGGAUCUUAUUGGUUCUAAUAAUGACUGGCGCCUAUUGUUACUGUCGAAGCUUUCUUUGGCUUUUUUGUAACUGCAUGCCCUGAUUGACUAUUCAAAUCUGGUCAUUUCCAAAAUUUUUGAAAGCUCAUAUUUAUGGACAUUUUCUCCCCAUAAGUAUCUGCCCUAGCAGAAAGUGGAUAUUUUGAUUUGUUUUCUAGUCUUUGCCUCUUGUAUGUUUCCUGUCUUAUUUUUUCUUAUGAAAUUUUUAUCAAUAGUCAUUAGGCUAGCAUUGUUCGAGGUACAUUUUACUAACGUUAUAAUUGCUACUAUGUGGAAAUCAAUUCCAGCUAUUUUCAAAGAGAUGUGAAAUGUUUCUGGAACAUAUAACAGUUAAAUUUUGCUUCAAUCAUGACCAUUUCUACCUGAGCUUGUGAACUACAUGUUGCAGAAGUUGAAGGCUAGAUCCUUUUUUAAGCGUAUUAUUGGAACAGUAGUGCGCUCAAUUCAGGAUGAUCAAAAAGAGCAGGGUAUGAUUAUCCUAGUACUCGUCAUUGUAUCUCUGCAUUUUCUAUUUUUUCAUGCAUGUGGACAUGAUGUUUAUAAUUAAAGAAGUUCAAUGGUUGCUACAUAAAUCUCGUUUGUUGGGUUUCCAUUUAUUGUUACAUGCUUACGAGAUAUCAAAGAAUCCUUUAUAUUGUCCAAAAUUGUAAAUACCAAAUCGAAGAGAACAUAUUUAGGCACAGAAAAUUUUCAGUCAGGUGGUAUUCUAUUUUGUAGUUUUCUAUUCUAGUAGCUUGGAUAGCCUGUCUUUGGCCUGCCUUUCUUUCUUAUUUGGAAACUACUUUCUCACACUGCUCAAAUGGUGGUUUAUUUUGUUCAUAAAGAUAUCAGAACCAUGGAAGCAGAGGUUCAGGCAUUGGAAGAGCUCUCAAAGCAGCUGUUCCUUGAGAUAUAUGAACUGCGGGAAGCUAAGGUAACAUCACUACAUGUUCAUUAAUUCUUUUAGUUUCAUGGUUUGCAAUGUCCAUAUCACUUUCUUCUUUACCUAAUGCUAAUAUUGUUAUUUUGGCAAAGUAUACAAGUUGGAAUAUUUUGUAAAUCCAAUUAAUUUACUUACAUUCUUGAUAGAAAAGAGAUUAUUUCUUGAAAAUAUGGAAAUUGUGUAAUAGAAGUGUGUUUUAAUAUCAGGUUGAUGGUUACACUGGAACUGAGCUUCAUAAAUAAAAACAAUAAUCACUUGUUUUAAUGAGAUUUUAUGUGUGUUUGCUUUUUUCUUGAUUUUUCAUUGAUUUAGAUAUCCUUUGUGGCAUUAAUUUUUCUGAAGCCAUUAAAAUAUUUCUUGAUUCUGAUAGUCGCUGUUAACUAGAUCAUCCUGACCAAUGCAUGCGCUUCAUUGACUCAUCCUUUGGGUCCUAACUCAUUGUCAUUAGUGGGUGAAGUUGGUUUACAGUUUGUUAGUGUGCCGAAACUCAAGGGCAUUGGGUGGGUGAAUCCACAUAACUGAAUGCAACUGUCAUCAUGCAAUCUAUUAAUCUUCUAGCUUUGUCCACCUCAUCUUUAAGUGUUUCCUGCAAUGGAAGUGAUCUCUUAUUGAUUUCCAAAGUGGCUUCAAUCCAUAAUCGUGAUUAGCCUCAAUCCACUAGUUGUGGGCGUUGCAAUUUAAUGUAAAUAUUUAUGUGGCUAUUUUACUGUUUUACUGCUCAUCAAGUUGGUUCUAAUGGUUAGACUUAUUUUAAUUUUACAUCAUAGCCAUUUCUCUGUCUUGAUUUCUUUUUGGAUUGACCUACCUAAUGCUAAGCGACAGAGCAUAAUUCAUGUCAUUCAGGGAAUUCCUAAAUGCAUUUCACUUUUAAAUUGAGCAAAACUUGAAACGAAGAAUUGUCUUUGUCAAGAAUCGGUGCUUCCAUUCUAAAGAAACUUCUCAUGAGAUCCUGAUCCACCCUAUUACAUUAUUGAAUAGGAGUCUUGUUUCAUAUGGUUUCGAUUUUCGUUCUGAGAUCUUUUCUAACUGGGGUGUGUUUCUCUUCGGACUGAUCUCAGACUUGUCUUGACCAGGACAAAAGGCCAGUACUCCGUGAGUAUUGUCCUCUGCCUAUUACAGAUCCCCAAUUUUUUUUCCAAUCCAGGUCUACGCUGGAACAUGUAUUAAUUUGGUUCUGGGUUUUGGGUCAGCGAAGGAUUUCAGUCGCAGCCAGCAUUUUUUCUAUCAUUGAUUGCAUGAGCCUUUUUAUUUUCCUAUGUUUUUCCAUUUUUAUCUGGUAGGCGGUGGGAUGCAUUAUCUUAUGCCUUUUUUUUGGCUUUUCUUUUUGGACUAAUUGUCUAAACUUUGUUACUUAUCGCUGAAUUAGUUUUAUUUUAAAUAUAAUUUUCAGGAAGCUGCUGUUUAUUCUCGAACCUGGAGGGGACACUUGCAGAAUCUGCUAGGAUAUGCGUUGUCUAUCUACUGUGUGUAUAAGAUGAUAAAGGUAUUAUUUCAGUGGAAGACUGGAAUAUUCUCUACUUUAACAUGUUUGUUGAUUAUGCCCAGUAGUUCUUGACUAGGAAAGUGAAUAUCCGUUGGAUGGUUUUGUACAUGUGUCAUAGACUUCUUUGUUGUCUUUUCUUGUUGUUACUUGGAGAGGUUGGCUUACGCUCAUAAAUACCAUCAAGUUGCUUAAAACGUGGACAUCCUUUGUAAAUGUCCAAGCUUUGGAAUCCUAUUGCUGAAAUUUCUAACUGCCUUAAAUAUUUCCAUGGAUAAAGACUCUGCACUAAGUUUUGAACUAUCUAACUUACAAAUAAUUGGUGAGUGACGUAAAAAUGUAGGACGCCUGCCAAUUUUUUCAAAAUGUCUCUAGAUGAGUUUCUGGCUAAAAAAUGUUUCUUCACCAAGUCUGCCCCCAAAUGGUCACUGGAGCUUUGGAUAGCUCUGCUCUGACAUGCUAGAUAAUGCUUUGCCGAUCCACAUACCUUUCUCUGAUUGCAUUGUGAUGUUGACCCUUCUGUUUUGACAAGGAUUUCAACCUCUAUGCUUUUCAUCGUUAACAUUUGUGUUAGAGGGGUAGAAGAGGAGCAGGGUCUCCGUCAAACUGUAAGACCUCUGAUGCUCUCUAGAGGACUUCCCUUGAUUAGCUUGGCAUUCCAUUCGAGUUCAUUUAUGGUGAUGUUGCACUUGAGUUUGUUGACCAUGGGCUAAAGUGUCAAAGAUAAACAUUCAAAAGUUCAGUAAUGUCAUCAAAAAAAUUCAUGAGCCUUUUCAUAUGCAACAAGAACCUAACAGUCCUUAGAAACAUAGCAAAUGGCCAUGACCAAUGUUCCUUAUGUUGCUGAUUGAUGUUAUAUACACAUUAUUCAUGACAUAAGCCGUGGUAACUUCUAUAUUUUCUACCUUGUGUUGGCAAAGGAAUGAAACACUGGGGUUCUCUAGCUGUUAAUAGCUUGAAAUUGUGCUGAAGCGGUGGUAGUCUGAUAGAUUAAUUUCUGGUGUAGAAAAUCAGAAGAGGGGAGACUAAUAAUGGUGCAAAGUUUGUGGUACUUCCUGUUGAAAUGCCUGCUAUUAUAACUGCUAAAGCAAGUCAUCUUUGUUUGAGACUAACAAACUAUCUUCCUUUCUGCUUGUCUUCUCUGAUGAAUUGAAGCUUUGGGCGCCUAAAAAAUGAUGAUAAUCUGAAAAAUUAUGAUGCUACAUGAUAGUACGUCAGUAGAAUGUUUUAUCCAAUGUUAAUACUGGCUUAGAAUAAUUAACCAUUUAGUUCUGUUCCUUUCUUGAUUUUUUUUUUUAAGCUAAUAUUUGUUCCCCAGUAUGUGACACAGUUUUCUUUCUCUUUUUGAUACAGUCUUUACAGAGUGUGGUUUUUAAGGAGGUAUGGUUCCCUCGGAGGAUUUAUCAUCUCCAGUCUCUUGUUAUGUAACAUGAUUACAUCAAACUCGAUUCGUCUUUGUGCUUCAGUUUUAUUGGGCACUUUUACGCAUCAUCUUAGGCAUCACUUUUAAACGGCUAUUCAAAGAUUUGUAAUGAUUUCUUCUUCUCUGGCAGGCUGGCUCAGUUGACCCUGUUACAAUGACGAUCACAAUUUUCUUCCAGUUCUUUGAUAUAGGCUUAAAUCCGGCAAUUUUGUCUCAGGUUCUGUCAUUCUGUCCAUGAUAUGAUUGUUUUUUUCGUCUACACGAAGCUUACACUUUUUCCAAUCUUCCUUUACCGUUAGGAUGAGAUAAAUGUUAUAAAUUAAUUUGCGUUACCACCUGGUUUUCUUCAGCAUUUUUUUCCCUUUUUGUUCAGAUGGUUGUGUAUCUAGAUAACCUGGAAAGUAGAUAGGAAUGACGUAAUGACGCCCACUCCCGUUUUAUGUACUCUUAAGAUCACGUUUACCAUAUCUUCUAAACCUGUUCGAUCUUUCUUUCUUUGAAUGAAUGGCAUUCGCAACAACUUGCAACUAUUAAACCCACAACUGACAUAUCGUGAAAUAAUUUAGACGUGAUUUGGGUUGCUUUAAAAUAUUUGAGUCGACAGUGACCACAGGUCUUUGUGUAGAGCACCAAUCAUGUGAAGAUCUUUUCAUAGUGCCCAGGAUUUAAAGUGUCAUGCAUCCAACAGAAAAGAAUGGCAGUAUGAAAACACUAACAUUUGAACUCAAAUGCAGUGGAUGGAACAAAAUUUGAAUGGAGAGGCACCAUGACCUCUGGGUUAUAUAUUAUGUGCGAGAAAACUCGUGUUGUUUUGACUGAGCACUUACUUGAGCGGUUAAAUCAUGAUGUGACGUUAAGUGGCAUGUUGAGCUGAAAUACAUGAGAACGAAACUGUAGCUUGUUAAUUGGCUGCCAGCCUUUCCUUUUUCAACUUUAUUAUGUUUUCUGGACAAAAAAGACUGACGUUUCACUCAAUAAUCUGUUUUUCAGUACGUGUCUUUGUUCUUCAUAGGAAUGUUGAUUGUCAUGUCCGUCAGAGGGUUCUUAUCAAAUCUCAUGAAGGUGAAUAAUGUGCUUUGAGAUAGUUUACUUUCAUGCUAGAUCGUUUUUGUUUGCUAUGCUGAAAAAAAUGAAAUUGUGAGGCUGGGCAGUAAAAAGAAUAAAACUGCCAUAAGAAAUUAAUGUACCAAGAAUGGAAAAAAUCGUUGAAAAUAUCUGCUUGUAGGAAAUAGGAUAUCUAGCUUUCUGAGUGGUGCCCCUUGUGUACGUACCUGUUUGCUUGCAGUUCUUCUUUGCCGUGUCCAGAGUGGGAAGUGGAUCGUCAACUAAUGUUGUGCUUUUCCUCUCGGAGAUUAUGGGCAUGUACUUUGUAUCUUCUAUUCUUUUAAUAAGGAAAAGCUUGGCAAAUGAAUACAGGUAUGUUACAUUCGAUCGCAAUAAAUUCAUUGGCAAACAAGAUAGUGGCCCGGCCCAUCCUUGGAUCAUUCAUAUAACUUGUCUGGGCUUUGGUCACUUUUUUUUGUUUUGAUGUUGAAUAUCCUAGACUGUCCUGGAAUGUCUUUUUACAUAGUCUACUGAAUAGAGUGGUAGAAACAAAAUUUAUUUUGAAAAUCUCCUCUGAAGCAAGCCCUAAUUUCAUGAAAUUCAAUUAAGAUCAAUUCCCUUUGUUGACAUUCUUUCUAAUAAUUUUCAACUCUUCCAAAAUGCUCGCUCUUGCAGGAUCAUCAUCACUGAUGUUCUAGGUGGGGACAUACAGUUCGACUUCUACCAUCGUUGGUUUGACGCACUGUUCGUGACCAGCGCGUUCCUCUCUCUCCUCUUGAUCUCUGCUCACUACUCGUCUCGCCAGUCGGAUAAGCACCCAAUUGAUUGA